AUGGUAAUUGGGAGAGGUGUAGUUUUUACGGUUCAGAAAAGGGCGAAGGGUUUUUCCGAGUGUUUUUUUUUUGAAAAGGAUUAA